AUGGAUCGGGAAAUUGAAGCAUGUCCGGAAAUUUGGAAGCUCGUACAUCACGGGGUGAGCAAAAAACUAAAGCAACAGCAUUGCGGAGUUCGUUCGCUGCUGAUGCCCCAACCAAGGCUCUUCCGAAGGAUCACCGGUGGCAGAAAGUCCUUACUUAUGUCCCAGCCCUGGAUGGCAUUCAUCUAUUUGCCAGAUGAUACCGAGAGUUGUCGCUGCGGAGGCUCCCUUAUCUCACCGCGCUUCGUUCUGACUGCUGCCCACUGCAACGUAUUGUGUGCCCGGAAAAAUGAUUUGAGAGUGCGACUGGGAGAGCUGGACCUGAACUCCGAUGUCGACUGCGACGGGGACUCAAGCGUGUGCGCUCCACCCGCGGAGGAGUUCGGCAUAAAGGAGUGGAUUGUCCACGAGUACUUCGAUCACUCCUCCGGCUGGAACGACAUCGCCCUGAUCAGACUGAACCGCCCAGCGCUCUUUAAAGAGCACAUUCAGCCAAUCUGUCUGCCCCUCUCCGACGAGCUGCUUGGGUACACCUCGACCAUCGGGAAUGCCUACUGGGCGGUGGGCUGGGGGUCGGACAGGGAAGGGUACUUCGCCAACAGCACCAUGCAGGUCUCCAUAAACACGAAGGAGUGCCUCGGCGGCAGGGACGAGAGCUUCCUCUGCGCCGACGGAAACUGCGUGGACACCUGCCCAGGCGACUCGGGCGGACCGCUCACCCAGUCGGUCGAAUACCUUGGCUCCUUGCGGUUCGUCCAGUUCGGAGUGGUCAGCCUUGGGCACCAGGAUUGCGGAGCUGGCCUUGGAGCCUACUACAUGGACGUGCCCACCUACGUGCCGUGGAUACUCAACAAGCUGGCGGGGUACACCAAAUUGUAG